ACUCAUGCACGAAUUAUGAGAUACACCACCACUAGCUAGCUAUACUAGAGGUCCAUGAUUAAUUACACGAAUCGUUAUUGGUCGCACAGUAAGGACUGCCCCUUUUCUGCAGCUGACUGCGCCGGUGCCGGUACAGUUUCACGGGAUUUUUUUGUGAAGAAGGCUUUGACACCCAGUGACUGGAGGAGAGAGGCCGAGUACUUGAUCUGAUGAUGGCAUCCCAAACCCUUUACCAUCCCCUGGUCUACUGGGCUCAGACAGAGAAGGCUAUCUCACUGAAGGUGGACCUCAAUGAUGUCUCGUCACCAGAAGUGGAACUCAAACCUAGGAAAUUGACCUUUAAAGGUUACGGUCAAGGUGCAAGUGGAAUUCACCAGUAUCAGUUUUCUCUUGACUUUCACGAAGACGUAGACCCUGAUGCUAGCGCUUUCCGGGUACUUGAUCGACAAGUUGAUUUCAAUAUCAGCAAGAAAUCUCUCCAUUCUUUCUGGCCAAGAUUGACAAGCGGAGAGCGCCCUCGUUGGCUACGUAUUGACUUUGAUCGGUGGAGAAGCGGUGAAUCGGAUGAAGAAGUGGAUGAGGACGUAAAAAUGAAGCGGGAGCAGGAAGAUCAUUUCAAGCAGUUAGAAGAUCAACUCAAGGAUGCUGAAAAACAAGCCUACCAUGAUAUAAAGUCUGUGUAUCUCUUUAUGUACAACAUGAUACAGUGGAUCAUCUUCACUAUGGUCUUUGUGUACUGUUUUGGGAGAUUUAUCUUCCAUGGAAAAGAGGACCUUGCCACUGCCUAUGAUUGGGUGAUUACACCUCUUGGUAUGGGUCAGGUGAUUGCUUGUCUUGAGAUCGUACAUGCUCUGACGGGACUAGUCAAGUCAAGUGCUAUGACAGUAUUCAUGCAGGUAUUUGGAAGGAAUUUUCUCUUGUUUGUUGUGAUAAUGAAUGACCCUGAACUGAAGACUGAGGGUAUGACGUUGUAUCUCUUCAUGGUAUGGAGUGCUGUGGAAGUAGUCAGGUAUCCAUUUUAUAUGCUGUCGUGUAUAGACUAUGAGAGUGAAGUCAUAACAUGGUUGAGGUACACAGUAUGGAUUCCACUAUACCCGCUGGGUUUUCUAGCAGAGAUUAUUGUGGUCUUUCUUGCUGUGCCCUUUUACAAGGAGUCAGACAUGUUCAGUAUUCACCUACCAAAUCAACUCAAUAUGUCCUUCAAUUUUGUCUACUACAUGUACCUGCAUGCCAUCAUUGUUGUGUCAAGUUCUCCAACUCUUCUGUCCCACAUGUGGCGUCUUCGAAAGAAAAAAUAUGGCAAAAGAAAAAUCAGAAUUGGAGCUGCAAAACCCAAGAUGAAUUGAUGACUUUUUCUAGUGGUAGUCUACAAUUUGGCGAGGAUUUUUAUAAGAUUGGUGAUUAUGAUGCAUGUACUGAUCGUGGAUGAAUUGAAAUUUGAACAGUUUUGUAAUGCUUUCUGUAAACUUAUUCAUGACUUUAUGAAUGAUUUGAACAUGUUCUUUUGCUAAAUAAGAUUCUCAAGUCAUAUUAACGCACAUCAUUAGCUAAGUUAUCAGUUAAGUUUAGUUUUUUUUUCAUACUUCAAUGUAAAGUUCAUUGUUUGUCAAGAAAUAAAUAGGAGAAUCCCAAAUUCAGUUCCAGAUUGUUUUAACACCAGGUGCAAUUUCAUGUAGCUCAUUUAGCCCCAAAACAUCAAGUAGUUGCUUGUAAAGUCAUGCAUAAUUUUACAAACAGCAUUAUGAAUGAGUACACUGGUCAAAAUGCUAAUUUGGAAGAAGGAAUGAAGUUGUGGAUUCUGGUUAAUUUGGAUGUCUGAAGGAAUGCACUAUCAUGUGAAGGGAGAAUAAUGAUUAUAAUGUACAGGUACAUUCCAUACCUGUCAUCUUAUAUCAAAGUCAAGAUGUUUACCUCAUUUUGCUACAGUGUCAGUGACGUGUAUCUUGUUCCUUGAGAGACAUCCAGUGGAAGCACUUGUCUUAUCAGGAAAUGAAUUAUGAAUAAAUUGUAUUCAUAUUGAGGAAUUUGACCUCUACAGAAAUGUAUAUUUCACAAGUUCAUAAGGCCAGGCAGCUUGCAGGAUCCGGGAGCAUAAGACGGGAGAGUAUUAAACCAUUUUAUUUACCUUUGCCUAUUGACGGAAUAUACUGUACAUGUACAUUCCAUACCCACAACAAAAAAAAUCUGCCAUCUUAUGUCACAGUCAGGAUGUUUACCUCAUUUUGCUACAGUAUCCAUUUGUAUUUUAUCACAUGUGUGACAUCCAACGAAAACACUUGUUAUCAGGAAAUUAAUAUGAAUUAGAAUAAAUUGUAUUCAUUACUGAGGAAUUUAACUACUACAGAAAUGUGUAUUUCACACUUCCAUAAGGCCAGCUUGCCGAGGAGCCUCCUUCUUGAGCUUAACAUAUGUCAGGGGAAAAUAUAAUUCACACCACAUAUGUCAAGGUCAGGAGGAUAUAAUGUGAAAUCUGUAAAAUGAAAGGGAAAAUUGGUGUACAAAACAAAUGGAGAGUUGUCCACAAAAUCAGCCAUUUUGAAGCAUGUUUGCCAAUUUUAGGAUCCCCAUAGAAAGCACAACAAGACUAUUCAAACUUCCAUAACUCGCUUAUUCUACAACCGAUUUUGAUGAAACAUGUUUUAAAUUGCUCCUCUCACUUUAUUCUUUGUGAUAAGAUUGAUUCUCUCCUUGUAUUUUGGUUUCCUUUAAAUGAAAGGUAUAAUGGUCUGAGUAGUGUCAAGCUCAAAAGGCAUAGGGGUUAUACAUUCUUGAAAAUGGCUCAUUCCAAAGAUUUAUAUCGACUUCAAUCUUUGUUCAUAUAUAUUUAUGUAAGAGUGGCAGUGAUAUUGUGGAAUUUUUAAAACAUGUCAAUAGUGACAGUAAUCAAUGUAUUCAUGAAACAGGUAGAUUUUGCCAAACUGAAGAACCUGUUACCAAAUUAAAUGCAAACUUGCCUAAUGGAUGCAUUUGUUAUUAUCAAUGAACUGAUUUCAUCAUUAAAAAAUUUUGAAAACCUGAAAAACUUUUACAUGUAUAGUCUGCCAAUGCAGAGGGCAUUAUUUGAGACUGUUCAGAGUCAAUAUCAUCUAGUUCCACAAUAUAAAUAAAAGAAAUUUGUGACUUCUUAAUGUUUCACAUAUUUAAUGCAUUUACUGCAAUACCCUGAGAAAAAUAUAAACUUUUCCUGACUUUUUUCAUUAUUUUUUAUAAGUAAUGAUAAAAAAUAAGAAUUAUUCAUUCUUCAAAUCACUUCAGAAAUUCCUUUUGUCAUGCUAUUGAAAAAAAAUAAGAUUGCCAAAAUCUUCUUUUCUGUUCUAUGAAACAAUAUAUGGUUUGUGAGUGUGAUAUAUGUGUAUCAGCAGAGUUGGGGAAUAAUGUGAUAUUGUACUAACUUUGAAAUUAUAAAAUUGUUUUAUCAAAUCA